CCUCCUUGUGGCUGCGGCUUGUUGUUGUGGAGCCAAAAUGGCGGCCCAGGCGGCGGCGGCGGCGGCCCAGGCGGCGGCGGCCCAGGCAGCGCAGGCCGAAGCGGCCGAGUCGUGGUACCUGGCUCUUCUGGGCUUCGCCGAGCACUUCCGCACUUCCAGUCCGCCUAAGAUCCGCCUGUGUGUUCACUGCCUGCAGGCCGUGUUCCCCUUCAAGCCGCCGCAGCGCAUCGAGGCCCGGACGCACCUGCAGCUCGGCUCUGUGCUCUACCACCACACCAAGAACAGCGAGCAGGCGCGCAGCCACCUAGAGAAGGCGUGGUUGAUAUCACAGCAAAUCCCACAGUUUGAAGAUGUUAAAUUUGAAGCAGCGAGUCUUUUGUCUGAAUUAUACUGUCAAGAGAAUUCUGUUGAUGCAGCAAAGCCACUGCUGCGGAAAGCAAUCCAGAUCUCACAACAGACCCCGUACUGGCACUGCCGCCUGCUCUUCCAGCUUGCUCAACUACAUACACUUGAGAAGGACCUGGUGUCAGCCUGUGACCUCCUAGGUGUGGGGGCCGAAUACGCCCGGGUGGUAGGAUCCGAGUAUACACGGGCACUAUUCCUGCUCAGCAAAGGGAUGCUGCUACUGAUGGAGCGCAAGUUGCAGGAAGUCCACCCGCUGCUGACCCUCUGUGGACAGAUAGUUGAGAACUGGCAAGGGAACCCCAUCCAGAAAGAGUCUCUGCGUGUCUUCUUCCUGGUGCUCCAGGUGACCCACUACCUGGAUGCUGGGCAGGUGAAAAGCGUGAAGCCCUGCCUAAAGCAGCUGCAGCAGUGCAUCCAGACCAUCUCUACACUGCAUGAUGACGAGAUCUUGCCCAGCAAUCCUGCUGACCUCUUCCACUGGUUGCCCAAGGAGCACAUGUGCGUGCUUGUCUACCUGGUGACUGUGAUGCACUCCAUGCAAGCCGGCUACCUAGAGAAGGCACAGAAAUACACAGACAAGGCCCUCAUGCAGCUGGAGAAGCUCAAGAUGCUCGACUGCAGCCCCAUUCUGUCCUCCUUCCAAGUGAUCCUGCUCGAGCACAUCAUCAUGUGCAGACUCGUCACAGGACACAAGGCCACUGCCCUGCAGGAGAUCUCCCAGGUCUGUCAGCUGUGCCAGCAGUCCCCCCGGCUCUUCUCCAACCAUGCAGCACAGCUGCAUACACUGCUGGGCCUGUAUUGUGUCUCUGUCAACUGCAUGGACAACGCAGAAGCCCAGUUCACCACAGCUUUGCGGCUCACCAAUCACCAGGAGCUGUGGGCCUUCAUCGUGACCAACCUGGCGAGUGUGUAUAUACGGGAAGGAAAUAGACACCAAGAGGUACUGUACAGUUUGUUGGAGAGGAUCAAUCCAGACCACAGCUUCCCUGUCAGCUCGCACUGCCUCCGAGCAGCAGCUUUCUACGUGCGUGGGCUCUUCUCCUUCUUCCAGGGACGCUAUAAUGAGGCCAAGCGAUUUCUACGGGAAACCCUGAAGAUGUCCAACGCAGAGGACCUGAACCGGCUCACAGCCUGCUCCCUUGUGCUCCUGGGCCACAUCUUCUAUGUGUUGGGAAACCAUAGGGAGAGUAACAACAUGGUGGUGCCCGCCAUGCAACUGGCCAGCAAGAUCCCAGACAUGUCAGUGCAGUUGUGGUCAUCAGCCUUGCUAAGAGACCUGAACAAGGCCUGCGGGAAUGCCAUGGAUGCCCAUGAAGCUGCCCAGAUGCACCAGAACUUCUCACAGCAGCUGCUCCAGGACCACAUUGAAGCCUGCAGCCUCCCCGAACACAAUCUCAUCACGUGGACAGACGGCCCGCCUCCUUUGCAGUUCCAAGCUCAGAAUGGACCCAAUACCAGCCUGGCCAGCCUCUUGUGAGGCCCCUGGAAGGGGCCACUCAGCUUCUCGGGGCUCCAUGGGGCCUGGUGUGUUCCCGACUUGCACCGAGACGGCACUUGAGCUUCCCUUGGAGGUGUGCUGGUGUGGCCGUCCCCAGGCUUCUUUCCCAACUGUCUCCAG